UCGGCAGCAGAGGAGGAGCGGAGGUGAAAGUUCAUAACUGAUCAGCCGUGCUGGAAACCCCCACAACUUAAGAGAAAAAUAUGGGUGAAAAUGAAGAUGUUACCGUUGUUUUACAAGACAGCAAGGCGACAUACGUCCUCAGCAAUGUUGCCGAAGUCGUUGAGCGAAUUCUCACCUUCGUUCCGACCAAAUCUCUCCUCCGGAUCGCAAGUGUGUGCAGACUGUGGAGGAACUGUGCCCGCAGAGUGCUGAGGACUCAGCAGCAGCUGGACUGGGUGUCAGCCUGCGGACCUUCCAACCCAAAGAAUCAUGCCCUCUGCAACAUGCUGGCCGAGGAGGUGGAGAAAGUGUUUCUCCUGCCCAAAACUGUGCUGGCCUUGGUAGACUGCGAGGCCUUCAACGGACAAGCUUAUUGCUACAGACAAAAUAAACAAGCAAAGAUGAGGCGCCACAGUCUGGACCCAUUUGAAGAAGUGAACCAGUUCUUCCCCAAAGGCUGUGACAUCAUGGGUGUCGUUGCACCGGGCAUAGUCUUGACGCCCACCGGCUCACACUCCAGCAUUCCUCAGGAGCACCAGGAGGGGGAGGCCGGCUUUGCCAUCAUGUUCCCCAGCAUAGAAGGGGUCAACAUCAAGCCCUUUCAUUUUUGCGAGAAGUCCUUCUCCCCAACAGCCCUGAAAGAAGCAGGACUUGUUGACAACCCAGAGCUGCGUGUGGUUCUGUUGUUUGUCUAUGAGCCGUGUCAAACAGGAGCAGCCCGCUUUCUGAGCCAAAUACUGGAGCCGCUGGCCAAGAGCAAAGCUCUCGUUGCUGGAGGGCUGGUAGACAGUUACUUCUCUCCGCGCCGACACUGCUGUUUCCAGGGUCAAUACGGUGUGGCGGGCCUCGCCCUGAGUGGCCCUAAAGUGCAAGGGGCGUCUGUGCUCUUGGACCAAGACAUCACCAGCCCAAAGGCAGCCGAGGCCACGAUCGGGCGUUUAAAAGCAGCCAAAAUUCCCGAGAGGAACACCAUAGGGUUUAUGUUCGCCUGCUUGGGGAGAGGCGAGAACUUCUACAAAGACCAGGCCAACGUAGAGGCCGAAGCCUUCCACAAGGUGUUCCCCAACACCCCGCUCUUUGGCCUGUUCGGCAACGGUGAGAUUGGCUGCGACCGAAUUGUUAAAGAAGACUACACGCUGUGCGACUCUGACACGGACGGUAUGCAGCAUGAGUACACUACAGUCAUGACCCUGGUCCACAUAGGCUGACUGACUGACCCACAUGGCAAUGAACCAACGGAAAGAAAACACAACCUUUAAUAUCCCUGUUUGUUACAGCUGUCGGGAACAAGAAACAUUUUGUUCAGAGUUUUACCCGCAUCACAACUCAGAAUAUCGCUGUUCUGCUUGUAAAUCAUUGUAAUGGGAUCAUUUGGGAAAGGUUUUUCCUCCUGAGACUGUGUGUGUAUAAACAUAGUUUCAUAUCUAAACUAGAGUUUAAAGACAAAAAACUGAUUUCUUUCUUUUAGCAUUAAAAUUUGAUAGAGCACAGCAAAAUAUGUGAAUAUACUCUUUCCAGAUUUCACACACAAGACAUAUCUUACCUUCUGAGAUCACCCUCGUGGUCUGUUUGCUUUGCAGGUGAGUACAAAUAUACACAAGCUGUAAUAGUUUUUGAUUCAGCGCAGGCACUUUUAAUUCAUGUAAAUAAUGCGGUUCCUCUUCCACACAAUCAAGAUGAUCUUGAUUUGAAUGCUCUUUGUUGUUAUGUAGAUUUUACAUUAUUUUUCCUUUACCACACUUUUGUUUCACCAAUGAGACUAACAGAAAUGUGUUAGCCUUAUGGAAGAUAUUUAUCUGCCAUGGUUGAAUUGGGCACAGGGAAAUUUGUCAGUCUUACAGUGCCUCUCUUUUUUUUUGUCCACAUGACAGGUCAUAUCUUCUACGACCUACUUUCAGCUGUAAAUAUUUGGGCUUAAAAGUUACUUCAAUCCCUGCAGUUUUAAUGAAAGAAAUCCUCCUUAAUCGGAAGGAGCAGACAGAACGGUUGCCCUGUUGGCUGUGUACAUUACACUGACCAGCAGAAACUCUCAAACUCACCUCAGAAAAAAGGCCUUGUCAUUGUUGUUGAUGUUUUUGGUGUCCUUUGCUAAAGUAGUAAAGGGUAUUUUUGAAUUCCUGAUAGUAUAGUCUGAGACUAACUACCUAACUGCAUGUUCGGAAAGAAAAGUAAAAAAUGGUACAGAUGCCUUUAUACAAAAAUGGUCUCUGUCAAAAUCAUUAAUGCUUUAUUAAUGUGUUAUCUUUAUUUCCCUGUCAGCGUUUCGUGUUGUGCUUUUUCAUCCCUGGAAAAAAAAAUAUUCUGAUUACAUGAAGGUGCAAUUUCCAGUGUGUAUAUAUACACAGUGUUUGUCUGUUGGUCAGGUAGUAGCUGUUGUAUGUUAAGAGUCAGCAUUCUGAUAAAGGCUGCAGCAACAAUUCCAACUGUUAACUUUAACAAAAAAAUAAUUAGAAGUCCUCUUUUGUAUAUUAAUACACACAUCUACCCUUAUAGGUUUUGAUGAUAUUAAGGUGUAUUUGAACCUAGUGCUUAUAGUUCAUUGAACAAAGUUGUUUUGGUGUUGAUGCACUUUUCCACAUGUGCCAAAUCAUAUAUGUUCUGUGUAUUUCCUUAUUAAAUCACUUUCAAUACGUA